CUCUAGUCCUCUAUCCCUAUCCCAUCACACUGGAAAUGAAAAUAAGGAUGGCUCAUUUUGUGGUAUGACAUCUUUGUCGUUUCCUGCAGGUGUUGACAUUUCUCACCAAAGGAGAAAUACUUCGAAUCCAUGAAACUUUCUGUAGUUCGUGCCCCCAAGGAAAAGAUUACAGGAAAGAAAAACUCACAGCGGAGCAGGUGUGUAGCUGGCCACAGCUGAAGAUGAAUCCAUUCAGGGACAGGAUCUGCAAGGUCUUCUCCACAGAUGGCUACUUUACCUUCGAGGACAUCCUUGGGAUGGCAUCGGUCUUCAGUUACCUAGCAUGUCCCACCCUUAAGGUUGAAUAUGCUUUUCGGAUUUAUGAUUUCAAUAAUGAUGGUUUUAUUGACGAGGAAGAUCUUCAAAAUGUCAUCCGCAGAUUAAUCAAUAAGAAUAACCUCAGUGAGGAGGAAAUUGUGUCUCUGGCGAACCAUAUCCUUCAAGAUCUACUUCUGAGAGACAAGAAUGUGACAACAUGGGAGAGUCAGGACCUUGCAACUGGACAUGCACAAGAUAAUAAAUGUUAACACUAAAAACUGCCAUGAAAGAUCAGAUAGCAAAUCAGUCCAUGUAUUUUUGCAAAUAAACAAUGAUUCUGAGAAGAGGAAGAAAGAAGUCAUUUAUCUAAGUUUGUCUUUUCUUCCAUCCAGUGCAGUUAUAGAGAAUGACAUUUUCAUAGCAAUGAUAAGCAUUUUUUAUAAAAGAAGAGAGGGAGGAUUUGGCUAUACAAUGCACUUAACUUUCUUCAUAAUAAAUUCCUCUAUAUUAAAAAGGAAAUAUUUUUAUUCAUUACUGCUUUAUUUAGAGGUUUUCUAAUCAAUACUUAACCACAAAAGCUCUCAGUGCGAAUAUCAUAUCAGUUAAAAGAAAGUGCCCUCUA